AUGAGCUUUGGUCAGUUUAAAAGAGAAGCAAAACGCGUUCGGUCGGAAGUGAUAAAAGAGUUGACGGAGGGAAUAAAAGAGGAAUUUAAGAAUCAGUUCAAGGAACAGGAGCUUCUGAAGAAGGAGAUUGCUGUGGAGAGGGCACGUCAGCGGGUGAUAGAGGAGAAAGUGGCUAUGUCUUAUGAGAGAGUUCAGAGACUCGAGGCUGUUCUCUCACAAUGCGCUCCCAUCACACUUUCAAACACAAUCCCCAUCACAGUCCCAAACACAACCACUUCUACGACAAUGACUGCUACGACGGUGAGGACAACUACAGCAGAACCAAAUUCGUGUGCUGCUGGCUUUGUGAAAUUUGAAGACCACUGUUACAUACUGGAGCUGGAUGACGUCAAAUGGAUUCCUGCAAGAAACAGAUGUCGUAUUCUAGGUGCCGACCUCGUCUCUAUCAAUACGGAAGCUGAGAAUUACUUUCUGAUGGAGAAAAUAAAGGAAUACUACCCGCCUGACGAGAAGCGCGCCGCACAUUUCUGGGUGGGAAUGUUGUACGAAGACGGAAAAUACAUGUGGGCUGACGGUACUGAGGUGGGCUUCACUGACUGGAGUUCGGACUUUGAGCCUAACUGUAUGCAUGUUAUGAAAUGUAAAGCAUCCAUUACAACGUUCCAGUCAGCAUACAAGUGGGAGGACACGUCACCGCUUUAUCCCUUCCACUACAUAUGUGAGAAGGAUGCAGCAUAG